AUUUCAUUCCCGCCAUCAAUGACACAAGAUUUUUACUUUCAAUACAGAAGAUCCAUUCAAGGACGAUAACUACGAAGAAGGCGCAUUUAUCUCCUUGGAGAUAUAUAGAUUCACUAUAAAUGAGAAGGAGAAGAAGAAAAAUACAAAUAUGCCUUCGGUCUCGGUCUUAAGCCGGACUGUGUCUGGUCCUAUAGGACUGCACGAAGCUUCGAAAGAGUUGCCGCUAGUGGAAACAAUGCAACUGAUAGAACCUCGGAAGGAAAAGACUGUCCCUAAUCAUCUACUAGAGACAAAAAUAUAUUCCAAAGUAUCACAGAAUGCUUGUGUCCUUGCUAAACCAGCAAUCAUCCAUUUUGGAGGCUUUGAAGUGGACAAGAAACAUGUGCAAUCACUACAAAUUGUUAAUGCUACAACAGAGGUCAUAAGAAUGCACAUUAUACCUCCACAGUCCAAAUACUUCUACAUCAAAUACAAGAAAACAGAGCGCUUAGUGCCUGGUAUGACUAUAGACUGCACAAUAGAAUUCAGUCCUGAUGAAUGGAGAUAUUACUAUGACUGUGUCAGAAUAAACUGCCCUGGAGAAGAAAACCUAGUUAUUCCGAUCCAUGCAUAUCCUGUGAUGAGCACGAAGGACUUUCCCACGCAGUUCAGUUUUCCUGCUGUUCCUGUUGGUCACAAAAUGACACAGUUAUUCCCCUUGAGGUGCGAGGGACCGGUUGACUUUGAGUUCCAGUUGAUAUAUGUUCAGCCACACCCCUCUUUCACUGUCCACCCAAUGAAUGGGAUCAUUCCUGCCCAUGGAGAGACAGAGGUGUCUGUGACCUUUGCCCCUCUAGAGUUCCAGACGGCCCUCAUGAAGAUCCAGCUGACGAUAUCCCAGUUUAACUCUCAGCCUAUUGUGUGUACUUUCUCCGGAGUUUCUACACCUGGACUUCUGAAAGAUAUUUCUAUGCAGAAACAGGAGAUUGGAGACAACAUCCUGGACCCAAGGUGUCUGUCACCAUUAGACAGAUCUAGGGAGAAAAAGAAGCUGGCCUUUAAAGUAAAGUCCAAAGGUCAAAAACAACAAACUCCACAGGUGCAGGAGGUGGAGUACAACGGCAUCAGAUUUCCGUCUAAUCUGGACACCCCUUAUGCAGUGGCACAAGUUCUCAAUCAGGAACCGGGAAAACUCCGAGCCAAGGAUCUCAGAGACACUGUGCUGGCACAGAAACAGUCCAGUAAACCAGCAACUCGCCAAAUGAAGGAGGCAAUGUUUGAACACAAAGUGAGACAAAAUGUUUAUGAGGAAAGACAGAACCAACUCAGGUGGCAGGUCAAACUCGGGGAUGAUCAGAUCACAAACUCAGCUCGAGCCAGGGUCCUGGAGGAGCGAGAUAAAUCCUGGAAUGAGUAUCGGUAUGACAGACGGGGGGAUCCAGUAGUGGAGGAAGAACACAGCAGAACACAGACAAUGUGUACGUUUCGGCGGACCUUUCGGGACUUCACAAAUUUAGCUCCAGAGACAGCCAUGUUUGAUACCUACAGCAAUGACUUGUGGGCCACACGCCAUGCUGCUCUUGGAAAAUUUGCUCAAGCUGUCCGGAAGGUGAUUAUACACAUGAGAGCUGACUGGAAGAGUAAAGUUCUGAAGGGAGUAGUUCAAGAUCUCCAGGAGCAAGAGAGAAACGAAGAAACUAAGAUAGCCCUGUUAGAGAAGAAGGAGAAGGAAGAAGAGAUGGAGCUGAUUCCUCAUGAUAUCCAGAUAACCGCAGCCAAAAUUAAAAAAUAUGGUUUCCCUACCUACGUCCCUCCAAACGUCAAGGACGACAUGGCCCCAGAUGCACUAGGAAAAGUUCCUUAUAAGCCCUCUGAGGUUGUUGUAAAAAGAAAGGUGCCUUACUUUAACCUCAAAGUCCCUAAACACUACUCACUGUUAGGUUACAAUAAGCAUCUGGUGCAUGAGUCCUCGCGGGGAUAUGUGGCCCCAAAACUGGCCCGUCCACUCAGGACAGGGGCUGAAGAUGAAAGCAUCAGAAUCACAGUUCCAGCUGAAGAGAUAGAGAGUUCCCCAGCUGGCCAGACAGUAGAAGAUGUCGCACAAGAAGUGACCCGCGAAGGGUCAGCUGUGAAAAAGCCACAACCAGUGGCUGCCCUAGUACCACCAAAGGCUCUGUUCCAACCAAUAGAAUACCCAUCUCUACAUAUAUUUAACCCAGCUCCAGGUCUACAGGUGUUCCAGGCCCCUGUUCCAUACUCGGAGACGGACUCAGACUUCCACCUCUGUCCUAUUCCCACCUACUUCAAGAAAGACCAUGCCACCAACCCACACUCAGCCACCCAGAGGAGGUACCUAGACAGGGAGGACACAAUCCGUGGAAUCAUGGGCUGGAAGAAGUUCCCGUCCCAGGGCUUGACGUCUCUUGCCAACACCCCUACACUAACAAACGUGUGGGUCCCUCGAUGGGAUGACCAGUUUGGAAAUUACCUUUUGCCGGAGGAGGUCCCCGUGCUGCUGGACCAACUACCCGAGGACGACGGCCUGAACAUGGAAGAUGAGGAAAAUGACAAUCUUACACAGAAUGUUGAAAUGACCUUGACUCCUGAGAUGGUUUCUGCCCAGUUCGCACUGGUUGAUCCCAAAGCUCCAACGGAAGACAAAGUGGCACCUGAUGCCUUCCCACAUGGAAAUAAAUUGCCAUCAACAAACAUUCCAGUGUCAGGAUAUGGGCCUGUUCCAAGGGAAAAGAGGGAAGAAGAGCUGGAAUUUUUCAUGACCAAGAAAUAUAACCGACUCGGAUCCAAAAUUCAGACCCGGAACACGACUCUCUCGAAUUUAGUGACAGAUCCAAACUUGUUACUGAAGUGAAAACUGUGUGCUUCUAUGAGACAUGCAACACAUUUACAUUGAAAGUCUGUGCACAAUAGCAUAUUUGAUAUUUUCUAUUCCACUGGGAAAAUGUUUAUAAACUGAAUUCUACUAAGUUUAUUUUGAUUUAAUGUUGUGCAUAAAUAAAAUUUGAUGUAAGUCCUGUGUAAGAGGGGGUGAUUUACGAAACACUUGUUUAGUGAGUACACUUAUUCAGUGAACUUUUGAGAGUGCUUCAAUCCAAAAUCCAACCGUCCAAGUUCUUAAAGAAAUCUGUGAUAUUUGUCCAUAUAUUUUAUUAUGUCAAUAAAUUGUCUAUUUAUACUAA